AUGUCUGAUCCAAGAAACACAACCGAAACAACCGAGAAAACGUCUACACCAUGCCUAGGUGAACUUUUGAAAACAGUUACAGUCUUACAAUCAAAAGCUUAUCACAUCAAAAAUAUAAUCUACAAAAGUUGCAAAGUUCAAGAAGGUGACACACCACCGUUCAAAGUGGAUGACUUAUACGAACAAUAUGUAUUAUUGAUCAAGUCAAUUCGUUGUGCCAAGAUGCAAAUCCAACAAUCCAACGUCCUACCACACGGAAACAAUUGUACCAACUCCAAUGUCGAUGCUGGAGAACAUGAUGAUAAAGAAAACCUAUUUCAAAGCGAUACCAAGUUUGAUGACGAAGAAGAUGAUGAUGGAGAAGUAAUGAUGAAACUUCUCGUACGAAAAGAUAUCAUGAAGAGACACCUGAGCUUGCUUGACAGGAUAAUUGAUGAUAGUUUUCCCAGUACUUCAGGUUUUCGGAAAAAGAUUAAAGAUGUAUCACAAGUGAAUGUAGUUGAAUAUGAUACCAAGUACCGAGCAUUACGUGAACAAAUAGUUGAUUUAGAACUCCGGAUUCAGAAACUUAAUUGGAAAUAA